AUGGACAUCAUUGCGACGCCCCCUGGCUGCAUUGCUUCCUCAUUCACGAAGAUUGAUAAACUCCUCUUCCGCCUCUGCCAGAAUCCCAACUUCGAAGAUAUAGCAGCCAACGGCACCAUGCUCGUUCAAGAACUCCAAGGGGCCUACGAAAAUCAGACGAGGCAGAAGACUUCCCUACCUAUUCCGCUAUGGUUCUGGGUCCAAACACCUCAAGGGUUCCAGCAGGGCAUCGACGUCGAGGACGACCCCUUCGACAUCCAAGUGCCUUACCUUUACCAGGGCGAUCUCCGGCCUGAGAUACCCUUUGAGACAAAGGCGAACUUCAGACUACACAUUGCUCCCAAGCACUGUGCCGUACACUCGCCUCAAAUUGGGAUCAAGAGCCACGGGAAUCUCAUCACCACAGCCGCCAUAGCCAAGAAGAUUGCUAGGGAGGUUAUAAACUACUUCUCGGAGCCGAGCCGUUCCGUUCCCGAUGGGAUGGGCGGUGAAAUAAUCCCUCGCCGUCUUCGACUCGUUGGUUUGACGUGGGUCUCUGACGGCGCGAUGAUGGCCAUGCUGCAGAUUGUGAUGUAG